AUGUCUCAGAUUGAGCAAGCAACCAAGCUGCUUCAGCAGUUCAACUCACCUGCCAUGCAUUUGGCUAGCAUGAUUCAUUCUUCUCUUAAUGCAACAAAUUUCUCACAACCUGAUGUCGUCCAAGCCAAGGUGGCUCCUUUGCUGUUCCUGGCAUUCGCAACGCUACCUUACAUCUCACAGAUUGCAUGUGUUGGAUUGGACGACCCUUUCUUCUCUUACUACUAUGAGGGAAACAAAAUUUCUGCAAUGUACUAUAUGGGACACACGGUUUAUAAGCAGCCAGUUGAUUCAAACACAGGAAAACUAUAUGGAAAUGCUAAGAAAUCCAGCUUCCCAAUUGUAGCCAUCAGGAGGUGGGCUCGAGACGCUUUGCGUAGUAGCAACCAGCAGCAUGCUUUAGUGGGCAGAGGAUGGAACAACAGUUCUGAAGAUGAAGCCCUCAUGUUCAUCACCAUGGUCGGUGUGCAUCGUAAAGCGGCAGUCUUGCUGGGAAUUUCAGCUGAAAGUCCCAUGCAUUUCUUUGCUAGCAUUGACCUCCAUGGAGGGAAGCUGCAAUUGGCCACUAGAGACGGUAAUCGAUUGCUUUUGGAAGGGAUUCCAGAAUCUCAGAUUGCAACCAUGAAUAGUAACUCAAUAUCCGUUGUUGUUGCUGGCAAUAAUGUCGCCUGCAUUCUGGGCGGUGGAAUGCUGACUGCACCAUCAGUUGUCACCAUUGGACAACAAGAGUACAAUGUAUAUUGUUCCUCAGUUGAAGUUGUUUGA